AUGACUAUUUCACAUUCACAUCUUUGUCUUCUCCUUGGUCUUGUUUUGCUUUUUACUCCAACUCUCUCUCUGAGAAGAGACUUCUUCAAAAUUGUACCUACCGUUGAUCAUCCAGAUAUCUCUUCUACAACCAGAAUUGCUCCUCUUAUAUCACCAACUGCUUCAGCAUCAGAUGUGGCAAGCUCUCCAGAUGUUUCACCAGCUCCCAAAGAACCCUUAGUUAGUUCACCACCUCCAGAAGAAACUCCGGUUAUUUCACCACCUUCAGGAGAUACCCCAGUCGUCUCACCACCUUCAGGAGACACUCCACCUUCAGGAGACACUCCGGUCGUCUCACCGCCUUCAGGAGAUACCCCGGUCGUCUCACCGCCUUCAGGAGACACUCCGAUCGUUUCACCACCUUCAGGAGACACUCCACCUUCAGGAGACACUCCGGUCGUCUCACCGCCUACAGGAGACACUCCACCUUCAGGAGACACUCCGAUCGUUUCACCGCCUUCAGGAGACACUCCGGUCAUCUCACCGCCUUCGGGAGACACUCCGGUCGUCUCACCGCCUUCAGGAGACACUCCACCUUCAGGGGACACUCCGGUCGUCUCACCGCCUUCAGGAGACACUCCACGUUCAGGAGACACUCCGGUCAUCACACCGCCUUCAGGAGACGCUCCGAUUGUCUCACCACCUUCUGGAGACACUCCCGUCGUCUCACCGCCUUCAGGAGACACUCCGGUCAUCUCACCACCUUUAGGAGACGCUCCGGUCAUCUCACCUCCUUCAGGAGACACUCCACCUUCAGGAGACGCUCCGAUCGUCUCCCCGCCUUCAGGAGACACUCCACCUUCAGGAGAUGCUCCGGUCGUCGCACCGCCUUCAGGAGACACUCCGUCUAUUCCACCAUCUUCACCGCCAACUCCUAAGCAUAAUCAUCACCACCACCAUCAUCACCACAAGCAUCAUCAUCAUCACUCGCACCAUCAUGGUCAUAAACACAAACAUCAUCAGCAUGAUCCACCUUCUGAAGAACCUGCACAUGCUGCUGCACCAGCCCCGUCUCCUGAAGUUUUAGUUCAAGCUCCUGAUUCUGUGGUUUUGGACUAUAUCAACUAA